AUGGCUAUUAAUUUAUCAAAAGGCGGUAACAUCAACCUGUCUAAAACAGCGCCUACAAUGAAUAAAGUAGACUUAGGUUUAGGCUGGAAUCCUCGUGUGACAGAUGGUAAAGCAUUUGACUUGGAUGCGGUUGCUUUUCUGACUGGUGAAAAUGGCAAAGUUCGUUUAGAUGGCGACUUCAUCUUCUUUAACCAAAAAACCUCUCCUUGUGGUUCUGUUAAUCAUAACGGUGAUAACCGUACAGGUGACGGUGAUGGUGAUGACGAAACAAUUUCAGUUGAUCUAGCUAAAGUACCUGCUGAUGUCGCAAAAAUUGUUUUUGCUGUAACCAUUCAUGAAGGCCAACAAAAUGGUCAAAACUUCGGUAUGGUGGACAAAGCUUAUAUCCGUGUAAUCAAUCAGGAUAACAAUGCAGAAGAACUUGCACGUUUUGACUUAUCUGAAGACGGUAGUACAGAAGUUGCCAUGAUUUUUGGUGAGUUAUACCGUCAUAGCGGUGAGUGGAAAUUUAAAGCAGUCGGCCAAGGCUUUAACGGCGGCUUAGGUGCUUUGGCUGCAAUACUUGAAAGUGAUUCGGUUUAA